UUCCGGACACUUUUUCAGCUUGCAGGAGCUUCAGCUCAGGAGCUUUUGCAGCUUCCACUCGCCAUCUGGUGGCUCCCGGGAGCAUCUGGGGGGCCUGCGACCCACUGGCUGGUUUCAUAACGAGAGCCGGGAAUGGAGCUGUGAGAGUGGACAAACGCGGCAGCCUUUCAGAGCAGCAGAGCAGCGUUGAUCUUCAUCCAAGGACCAUGCGGAGAGCGCGCUAAGGAGAUGCUGUAGAAGAGGCUGCUGGUGCUGAUGCUGCUGCUGCCCCAUCAGCUGUUCUUUGCGUCUUGAGCAUCAUCAGUCAGAGAGAAAGCGAUCAGGGACACCGCAGACAGACAGGAUGGAGUUCAAGCAUCUGGUGGAGGCGGCGGAGAAGUGGUGCUCCGGGAACCCAUUCGAGCUCAUCUUUGCUGAAGAGAAUGACGAGAGGCGGCUGGACUUUUACGCGGAGCCCGGCGUCUCCUUCUACGUCCUGUGUCCCGGCGGCACCGACAGCUUCCAUGUGUGGAGUGAGAGCGAGGACUGCCUUCCCUUUCUCCAACUGGCCCAGGACUACAUCUCCUCCUGUGGGAAGAAGACUCUGUUGGAGGUGCUGGAGAAAGUCUUCACCUCCUUCAGGCCUCUGCUGGGCCUUCCAGACAUAGACGACGACACCUUUGAGCACUUCCACGCCGACGUGGAGGGGGAACCUGGACCCGACCAGCAGCAGAUGGGGGUCAGCCAGCAGUGAUCCGCCCCCACCCCUCCAGUACCCAUAAGGAGACCUGGCCUGAGCAGAGCUGCUCCAAACCUCCGGACAUGAACACAUGAUAAACAUACUUACAGUCAACUUGCUGGAAUUGCACCAUUUUUCUUGAAUGUCUCAGUGGCUUUGCUUCCCAAAGAAUGCACUUUGUCGAGUCCUCCAUAGAACAAACACACACACACACAUUGGGGAGGUGGGACCCUGUGUACAAUGCAAGUAGUAAUCCUCCAUCUGCUUGGUUCCUCAGAAAGAGUCCAGAGGUUGGGUAAAAGUAGAGUUGGACGUCACGACAAUAAACCCCUUCUAACUCUGUGGAGGAAUCUGCGGAAAAUUGUCCUUCUGGGGCUGCAGAUGUGAGGAUGAGGAUGAGAGGAAGAAGCAAGUGUGUGUGUGUGUGUGGGGGGGGGGGGGGGGGGCUCUAUAAAUGACAUGACAAACAUCAUACAGUUACAGGAAACCCAUUUUAGAUGUUUAUUGUUGCACACUGUCACAGUUAUGGACACCCCCCCCCCCCCCCCCCCACACACACACACACAAACAUGCUGCACAUGACACUUCUCAUAUCCUUCAGUCUUCCUGGUUGUUGUCGGUGGUCUUCUCUUCUGCAAAACUCCUAGAUUCUUCUACAUGCCUUUUCUUCCUAUCUCUGCUGUUUUCAACCUUUCAUCUGAUGACCAAGCUGAGAAGGGGGGAGGCCCUCACCCCAGGGUAGGGCCCAUGUUCUUUCCAGUCACAGAUGCACUGCAGCGCUCCCCACAUGACAGCCCCCCACACACCCCACAUUUCCUUUUGCCUGUAACGCUGUUCCUUCAUGAGCCUGUGAUCGUCCAGCAGUCUCUUCUGUUUGCUCAAUAAACCCGUGUGAGCAGAG